AUGGGCCUGGAUGCAAAAAUCGACGAUCUCGACGUCGCGAUCGCCAGUCUGAUUGCAGAGCAACACACAUUGAAGCGAGCUCGGCAGUAUGUUCUGUCAACACACGCAAAGGCUUCACGUAGCUCAAAUGACAACACUACUCCAGCAAAUACAUUUCCCAAAUUACCCAUGAGGCCUACAUACCCUUCGCCUUCCUUCACAGCAAAGAAAGCGCCGUCACGUCUCCGCCAGGAAGUACUGAUCCGCAACGCCAUGGAGAGGGAUAAGAGUUCUUCACCUCCAGGAUCUGUUGGCUUGCUAUCGAGCGACGAGUUCGAGGCUUCCUUUCCAAACCAUAACGUGCUUCGCGGAAACAAUGACGGCAACGUGAAUGGCUGUUGCGGCGACAUCGACGGCAAAGGUGAUGUGAGGAUGUCAAUCGAAGGCAUGUCAUCUUCAGCAGCGGAGAAGCACUCUGCACUCUCUCCAACCACGACAGCGGAUCCGGCCUCACGCAGCAACACCCCAUCUUCAGCGAGUGAUACGAACGCACUCAGGCCAUCAUCUCGCAAUGGCCAAGGUGCUCAUUGGCAGGCAAAGCGAAUAAACAAACGCAAGUUGCAGGAGAACCCGGCCAAAGCCCGAGAAGUGCGGAUGAGGAAAUUGCAAGCAGCAAACUCAGCAGCCGCAUGA